AGGAACUACAUCCUUGUCUUUUGUGUAUAGGCGAUAGUAACUUCAUGUGCUGCUGUAACCUGAAUACAUCCAUGUCUGCCAUGUGUACUAUGUAGCCAAUUGUAAUGUACAGCUGUAACCUGCGUACCAUUAACUAACCAUAAACGAUUACUGGGAAAUCCGUGCCAAAUUUCACAUUGAGAGUUCCAACCAUCUUCCUAAUCCUAGGCCAUUCAGUAUGCAGUUACCUAAGCUACUUAUACUCAUUUCCAGUACAUUUCUCAUCUUAUUCUCAACAUUUCCACAGAAUGUUGCCGCAGGCAAUGUCACACUCAAGCGACAGACCAAAGACGUUGGCUUGAAGGUGCAGGAAGAAGCUACUUUUGUUUUGAAAUAUUUGGUGACAUUUUCACCUCGGCCUCUCAAUGGGACUUUUCAAGUCGUUUGGUUAAAUGAUCUUUCAAAAUCUUUGUCAACUGAUUUCAUGAAGUUCUCCAAAAUCUGUAAAGAGAAAUCUUAUACCUUUCCUGGAUGCGAAAUAAGGGUUUACGGCAUUUGUCAUGCUAACCCAACUCUGACAAUAACAUUAAGAAUUGAUCUUGUUCGAAGACUUGACAGUGGAUCCUACACUUUCCAGCUUGACUACACAACAAAUGGGGCGGAGACUUCCAGUAUUUCAGAUACAGUCGAGCUGAAUGUUACUAGGAACAAUGACGUGCUGUAUUCUGGGACUAAACACACAAGUACUCCAGCAGUAACACAAUGCUUUACUGGAGAACCAUUUCUUUCAACUGCUACCAGUACAACUGAUACCAGUAUUGAUGCCACUACGAUCGGUGCCAAUUUAACUGAUACCAACGCCAAAUUGAGUGGCCCUCCAGUAAUCACCAUCAUUGCAGUGGCUUUACUCGGUCUGUGUGCCGUAAUAACAGGCCUGGUUUUCGCCAUAACCUGCGUUGUAACAACCAAAUGUACACGCACAAUCAGAGAUACACCACCAGAAACGACUUUGAGUCCAAACCAAUCCAGUCUUGGGGAUCAAGAAUCCAUUCCUGUAACUCAAGAAUCCAUUCCUUUAACUCAAGAAUCCAGUCCUAGGAGUCAAGAAUCCAGCCCUAGGACUCAAAGGACUGUAGAGAAAGACCCAAUCUAUCACAGAUUAACUGAGCCAGGACUUUCAGAGGUUUCUUCAUCACCCAUCAUGGAGAUGGUCAGUAUUGGUGGAAAUUCUCCUGCCGGUAGAGUGAAACAGACUAAGACAAUGCAGUCUAAAGAAUGGUUGACUCCAACUGGAAACAGCACCAAAGGUCUUGAUGUUCGACCUCCAACCUUUCUCUUGGAUCGCUUCACUCCCUCUGAAUGUUCUGAUGUUUAUGACGACUUCACAGAUGAAGACGAAUGCCAUGAGUGUGAAGAUAUUGGUAGCGGCAAACUGCACGAGAAUGUUGUCUACAUGUCCCUUAAUCACACAAUCCACCCAUGAUGAGAGGGGUAGGAUGUUUAGGAACAGUCGUUGAUUUUAAACAAACUCUUCCUAACUUGGGAUUAAUCUAAGGACUUAGGACAAGUUCAUUUUCGUAUCCAUA